AUGGCCCUCCACCGCCGCCUCCACCCUCAACCACAGCCCCCCAUGCGUUCACCACCCUUUCGGCCUAGCCGCCUCCCCCCCUCCACCUUCCCCUCCGCCCUCGACCUCACUCUCAGCUUGGCGCUACACACGUGCACGCAUGCAGGCAGGCGUGCGCGCUCACGCAGCCACAAUACACCGAGGCUCGCGCCUUUCAGCCAGCACGUUCUCUUAUUGGCGUCAAGAUCGCUGAGUUGCGCCUACUGCCAGCAGGCAGUGGCUACCAGUAGCCAAUGGCUGAGCGCCCGCGUAUCAGCCGUGCGGUCGUGUGCCCUCGGGAGGUUGAAAUACCUUGUGCCUGGCUGUGCUGCCGCUAGUUUACCUCUGUUAACACCGUUUGUGUUGCCACUACUUCUGCUGCCGCUGUUGCUGGUGUCGCAGACAAUACACCUCUCCUCCGCACAACUUCUAGUGGAACUCCCAUUCCCCAGUCCUGCCAACCGGCUCUUCUUUCCCUGCCUAAAUCCCAGCCAGUCCUCACACGAGAGCGUGGACUCUGGUUGCUGUGACGCUGAAGGCUCACUCAACACCUGUUCCAAGGUCUUCAACACCUUCAGUCUCAUCAACACACCAUCACAGCAGCAGCAACAAGCCCCCUUUCCAUCUCACUCCACACCGCCUAAACGUCCACCUCUGACCAAGCCACGAUCCUCUAUGAAGAAGGACGAGACCACAACGCCGACGGCGAAGGCAGCAGAAACGGCCCAGACGGGAGGUGGAGCCUCCUACAAGUAUUUGACGUGGCGUGAAAAGGAUCGACGUCGGCGCUUCCGUGAAGAAUGGAAACAUCUCUGGUUGGUCGUGCCUCAUGGCAUGUACGAGGUGAUGUGUCUUGUGUGCCACAAGAUCAUGACCCAGCGAAAACUUGACACAAUCAAGCGUCACACAAUUCGUCGGCACGCUGAACUCCUCUCCAUGUCAGAGACGGAGCGUCAGCGUCUCUACCAUGACCUCGUCACACAGUACUUUCGUCGUGGGGGCGACUUCUGUGGUGAAAGUGACCCUUUCUGCUCCACCAGUGUACCAAGACUGCGACAAACGGGUACUCGAGGGAGUCGAAUGGAAGUUGCGGGAGUUCGCAGGCACUCACGCUUGACCGAUGUUCCUUCGCCUUUUCGGGCACGCAUGAGUGCGCCACGGAGAUCAGAAAUUGAUACGCAUCCUCUCGCUUCUUCUCCACCCUCCGUACAGACGAGUAUGUCGCUGCUUCCCCCUCCACCACCACCGCCACCGCUGCCACCGCCAUUGCUACCUACCCAGUCGGACACGGCUGCGCUUCUGCUCAAUCGUUAG